UUCAUCCCUAUAAGGCAGGUCAUCUGAACCCUCCGGCACUUCGCUAAAGGUCUCGGCCCUCCACAGACGGCCUUGCCCUUGUUACCUCUUGUAAUCAAUUGACUUUUCGACGCCACAGCCACUUACCCGCUUUGAUAAGCCGCGCUGCGUCUACAUAAGCCACUUAUCGAAACGCUUGGGCCAUACUCAACACAUGAUUUAAACCCCCAACUUCAACCGAGAACGUCUUGACGACCUUACUCACCCUUCUUUCCCGCUGCCCUUUUCGACCCUCAUCAUCACUACACCCACACCUCAACAUCAACACCGACACACUUUAUCUCUGUCUGAGACAGAAUGCAACGCGUUCGAAAGCUAUCGAACUCGUUGAUGAAACCGCUCUCGGGCGACCGGGAGCGGGAGCGCAACAAGAAAGCCGAGAUCGAACGAGAAAACCAGCUCGUCGCCGACUGGAAGCACCUCAACCAGCGGCAAGGCGCCAUCCUCAACCGUUCGACCUCGAACCCAACCAAGAGGGGCGCCUCCCUCUCCCGCUCAACCUCCAACCCGCUCUCCCCGAAGGCAUCCGCCUCCACGUCCAAGCACACUCCGCCCACUCGCCCCACCAUCAUCCACCCCGAACCCGCGACCGAGCAAUCCCGCCAACGACUCCCGACGCGGGAGGAGAUGGUGCAGUUGCAAGAGGCGCGUCGCCACGCGGGAUACGGGCCACUCCCUGACCCCAACAAGAUCAAGGGCGUGCGCGCGGGUCCCAAAGCGCACGUACGCCGUAGCGCGAGCGAGUCGCAUCUCCCCGUGCUGAGUUACGUGCCGUUCCUCGACCGCAAGCCCACGCCGAUGAUGACCGAGGCGGAGCUGGCGCGGCAGCGCAAGGCGGCGGAGGAGCAAACCGCGGCGCGCUUGAGGGCGGAGGACGGGUGGCGCGAGAGGCGGCUGCCGACGGGUGGCGAGAGGGACUACCCGAGCGGCGACGAGAAGGUCAGGGAGAAGGCGGGCGAAUUGGCGAGGAUGGCAAGGAAGCAGGAGAAGGAGAAGGGCUCGGUGAAGACGAAGGGCGGUGCGCUCAUCUCCCCGCCUCUCACGAACACGAACCUUCGUGAGGACUCGUACAGUAAGCCGCCACACACUGUUUCCCAGCCUCCCCGCAAAUCUUCGUCGUCUCGAACGCCCAGUCGCCCUUCGGAGACCCCGAAGCCUAUCGACUAUGGCCUGCACCGCACAUCUUCGGAGUUGGCCGUGGACCGAUUCCUGAAGGAGCAGCAGCGUGAAGCGGAGAUGGAGCGCCGCGACGCCAUGGUCGCUGCAUGGAACGCCGCCAGCGAGCCUCAGCACCGGCGCCGACCGUCGCACGACACCAACAAGCCCACGGUGCCUCUCAAGAUCCACAAGAAGGCAUCGAGCACGGACAUCACCAUGUCGUCCCCCGCCGUCCUCCCGCCCCGUCGCUCAGCCGAGUCUGACCGCGUCGCUGAUCAUCGCGACCAUCGCAAACGGGACCAGUCUGCGCACAGCACGCGCCGACGCGAGAACCCUGGUCCACCCCUGUCGAACUCGCACCUCUACCGCGAGGAGUGGGUCACUGAGAAGAUCCCGCGCCAGGACAAGGUGGCCGUCACCUCGAGGUCGAAGUCGAGGGACGUCCCCUCCGCUUCUCCGGCGCCUGCUGUCCAGGCCACGCCCCCCAUGUACCCCCACAUGGACGUCUACAUGGGGUCAUCGACGCCGGCGAGUCGCCAGAGGCAGCUCAGUGGCGGCAGCUCGAUGGGCUCCCUGAGCUCGCUGGGCUCGCCACUCCGCCAGCCACAGCCGAUGUCGCUGUCGCCCCCGCGCAUGCAGCGGCAGAUCAGCACCGGCAGCUCGACCGGGUCGUCGUCCAAGUCGUACCCUUCAGAGAUGUUCUCGCUCCUCAAGCGACCAGCGCAGAAACCUGCUGCCACUCCGCCCCGUCAGGGCGCGGCACCGCUCCCAAGCUCGCGAAGUAGCCCUGGGACGUCCACAAAGGAUGUUGCAUCGCCGAAGAAGCCGACCCGCCAGCCCUCGAGCUCGUCCAUCGCGCAACGAAGGGAGAAGUCGGUCGAUCGCAUCGUCAUCUACCCGACGGACCCAUAUGGCGUGCCACUCGAGAAGGAGCUCCCGGAGACUCCGUCGCUCUAUACGCCGACCAACUUCGGCCCGCCCUCGCCUACGACAAAGAACUAUGUCGUCCCUCCCGUCCCGAGCCUCCCCAGGUCCGUGCGCGUCGGGAUGAGCGCGACGCUCGACACGCCGUUGUCGUCGUUGCACCUGUCGCCGACGACCAAGCUGAGGCAGCUGCCGGGCGUCCACCAUUCGGUGGAGGUGUCGAAGCCCCGUGCGUCUGUCGUCGCUGCCAGUGGCUUUAUGGCAGAGAUCGUUACCCAGCCUCUGCCGCUGCCCAGAAGCUCGUCGUCCCACCCCAAGAAGCACGAGCACCGCGAGCGGUCGAGAGGUCGACAUGAGCGGCGGGAGGAGAGGCGGGAGGAGAGGCCAGCAGCGGAGCCUGCCCAGCAUGUCAAGCGCAUAUAUGGCCCACCGGCCAGCGCUAGCAGCGAGCAAGUGCAGAGGGUGUACGUACCGCCCGCCCAUGCCACGCAGCCGUCCAGGAGGAUCUACGCCCCAUCGACUGCGAUCGAUCGCACGAGGGCGGACCCCUCCGCGGUGUACGGCAGCACCAGGUCUCCCCCGGCGAACACAUCGACGCUCAAGAGCAAGCGGUCCGACUACGGCGGCCUCUACAGCGGAUACUCGCGUCCCUAAAUGCAUCCCGGAUCGCGUUCCAUCAACUUCUCUCAAGUCCCAAGUGCUCUAGACCCUUGUAACAAUACGUCUUUUCUCCAUUGUCCUCCCAGUUCAAUCGCCUCGCAUCUUCGGCGUCUGUACAUCACCUUCGCAUUUGCGCUCGCCCGAUCGCACGCGAGCAUACCACUCUCCUUAAUCGCCCAUGUUAUUUCGUUUCGAUGUGUCGCGUCGCACUGCGGCCGCUUUCGCUCGCUAUGCCCCCCUGCUCUCCGUUAUUUGCUCUACAUAUAUGUAUCGCUC